UUUCACUUCUCUUGCGGAGGCUGGAGUUUGGAGUUUGACCUGCUCAGAGGCCCUCUCAGCAGUGGGCAUAUAGGACGGAGAGUCACUGCUGUCCUCCGAAGCGCUUGGCUGCAGAGGGAGAGGAGUCCCCUCCUCACGGCCAUCUCUGCCUCCUCCUGCCUCAGAAGCCACCAGCAGCCCCCAGGCAGGUGAGCCCUGUGUCUAGGAUAAGGAUCAAGAGGGCUCGUUCAGGACCAUGGAGAGCAGUCCCAGCAGCCCUCAGCCUCUGCAGUCGGGUCCCCAGGAGGCGUUUCCCCAGAACAGCCUGGAGCCAGGUGACAUUGCGGUGCUGGUUCUGUACUUCAUCUUUGUCCUGGCUGUUGGACUAUGGUCCACAGUGAAGACCAAAAGAGACACAGUAAAAGGCUAUUUCCUGGCUGGAGGGGACAUGUUGUGGUGGCCAGUGGGUGCAUCCCUGUUUGCCAGCAAUGUUGGAAGUGGACACUUUGUUGGCCUGGCAGGGUCAGGUGCUGCCACAGGCAUUUCUGUAGCUGCUUAUGAGCUUCAUGGCCUGUUCUCUGUGCUGAUGUUGGCCUGGAUCUUCCUCCCCAUCUACGUGGCUGGUCAGGUCACCACGAUGCCAGAAUACCUAAGGAGGCGCUUCGGUGGCAGCAGGAUCCCCAUCACUCUGGCUGUGCUCUACCUGUUUAUCUACAUCUUCACCAAGAUCUCGGUGGACAUGUACGCAGGCGCCAUUUUUAUUCAGCAGUCUUUGCACCUGGAUCUGUACUUGGCCAUCGUUGGGCUGUUGGCCAUCACGGCUGUCUACACUGUAGCAGGUGGCCUGGCUGCUGUGAUCUACACGGAUGCUCUGCAGACUCUGAUCAUGCUGAUAGGAGCGGUCACCUUGAUGGGCUACAGUUUUGCUGCCGUUGGCGGGAUGGAAGGCCUGAAGGAGAAGUAUUUCUUGGCCCUGGCUAGCAACCGGAGUGAGAACAGUAGCUGUGGGCUGCCCCGAGAAGACGCCUUCCAUAUUUUCCGAGAUCCACUGACGUCUGAUCUCCCAUGGCCGGGCGUCCUGUUUGGAAUGUCCAUCCCGUCCCUCUGGUACUGGUGCACGGAUCAGGUGAUUGUUCAGCGGAGUCUGGCUGCCAAGAACCUGUCCCAUGCCAAAGGUGGCUCUCUGAUGGCCGCAUACCUGAAGGUGCUUCCCCUUUUCAUAAUGGUGUUCCCUGGUAUGGUCAGCCGCAUCCUCUUCCCAGAUGAAGUGGCGUGUGCAGAUCCAGAGAUCUGCAGGAAGGUCUGUAGCAACCCCUCUGGCUGUUCUGACAUCGCGUAUCCCAAACUUGUGCUGGAACUCCUGCCCACAGGGCUCCGUGGGCUCAUGAUGGCUGUGAUGAUGGCGGCUCUCAUGUCCUCCCUCACCUCCAUCUUUAACAGUUCCAGCACCAUCUUCACCAUGGACCUCUGGAAUCACCUCCGGCCUCGGGCAUCUGAGAAGGAGCUCAUGAUUGUGGGCAGGGUGUUUGUGGUUCUGCUGGUGCUGGCUUCCAUCCUCUGGAUCCCCGUGGUCCAGGCCAGCCAGGGCGGCCAGCUCUUCAUUUACAUCCAGUCCGUCAGCUCUUACCUGCAGCCGCCUGUGGCGGUGGUGUUCAUCAUGGGAUGCUUCUGGAAGCGGGCCAAUGAAAAGGGUGCCUUCUCAGGCCUGAUCCUGGGCCUGUUACUGGGCUUGAUUAGGCUGGUCCUGGACUUCAUUUACGCGCAGCCUCUGUGCAACCAGCCAGAUGAGCGCCCCGCUGUGGUGAAGAGCGUCCACUACCUCUACUUCUCCGUGAUCCUGUCCACAGCCACCCUGAUCACUGUGUCCACCGUGAGCUGGUUCACAGAGCCCCCUUCCAAGGAGAUGGUCAGCCGCCUGACCUGGUUCACUCGCCACAACCCCAGGGUCCAGAAGGAACAGGUGCCACCAGCGAUUCCCCUGCCUGUCACCCUCUCUCAGAAUGGGACACCAGAGGCCACUAGCACCUCCAGCCAGUUCGACAUUGUUCGAGAAAACGUGUCCAAAAACCACAGCUGUGAUGUGACCCCAAAGCGGUCCAAAGUGCUGAAGGCCAUCUUGUGGCUCUGUGGAAUGCAGACCAACGCCAAGGAGGAGCCUCCGAGCAAAGCGGAACCCGUCAUAGUGUCCUUGGAAGAAAGGCCCUUUGUGAAGACCCUCCUGGACAUCAACCUCAUCAUCUGCAUCAGCUGCGCCAUCUUCCUUUGGGGCUACUUUGCUUAAUGUGGGGUGAACCCAGGGGCCCAAGCUCUCCGUUUA